AUGAGUCCCAAAAGCAAGCUGAUCAGCCUCACAAACAAGCUGAUCAGCCCCACCAAUAACCUCAAAAGCCCCAGAAACAAAAUGAUCAGCCCUACAAACAAGCUGAUCAGUCUGACAAACACGCUGAACAGCUCUACAAAUAAGUUGAUCAGCCUCACAAACAAGCUGAUCAGCCCCAUAAACAAGCUGACCAGCCCCAGAAACAAGCUGAUGAGUCCCAAAAGCAAGUUGAUCAGCCUCACAAACAAGUUGUUCAGCCCCCAAAACAACCUCAAAUGCCUCAGAAACAAGUUGGUCAGCCUCACAAACAAGUUGAUCAGCCCCACAGACGAGUUGAUAAGUCUCACAAACAAGUUGAACCAGAAACAACACCAGCACCAGAACCAGAAACAACACCAGCAACAGAACCAGAAACAACACCAGCAACAGAACCAGAAACAACACCAGCAACAGAACCCAGAAACAACAUCAGCACCAGUACCAGAAACAACACCAGCAACAGAACCCAGAAACAACACCAGCAACAGAACCAGAAACAACACCAGCAACAGAACCCAGAAACAACAUCAGCACCAGUACCAGAAACAACACCAGCAACAGAACCAGAAACAACACCAGCAACAGAACCAGAAACAACACCAGCAACAGAACCCAGAAACAACAUCAGCACCAGUACCAGAAACAACACCAGCAACAGAACCAGAAUCAACACCAGCAACAGAACCAGAAACAACACCAGCAACAGAACCAGAAACAACACCAGCAACAGAACCAGAAACAACACCAGCACCAGUACCAGAAACAACACCAGCAACAGAACCCAGAAACAACAUGAGCAACAGAACCAGAAACAACACCAGCAACAGAACCCAGAAACAACAUCAGCACCAGUACCAGAAACAACACCAGCAACAGAACCAGAAACAACACCAGCAACAGAACCAGAAACAACACUAG